AUGGCUUCAGGAGGUGGUAAAUGGGAAAGACUUGAUCUUACUCCCAGCCAGCGGGUCUUCCAGGAGGCGGUGCGCAAGGGGAACACCCAGGAGCUGCAGUCGCUGCUGCAGAGCAUGAGCAGCUGCGAGUUCAACGUCAACUCCUUCGGGCCGGAGGGGCAGACGGCCCUCCACCAGUCGGUCAUCGACGGCAAUCUCGAACUGGUCAAGCUGCUGGUCAAGUUCGGCGCCGACAUCCGGCUGGCCAACCGGGACGGCUGGAGCGCCCUCCACAUCGCCGCCUUCGGGGGCCACCAGGACAUCGUCCUCUACCUGAUCACCAAGGCCAAGUACUCCGCCUCGGGCGGCAGCCGGUGAGGGGGCGGCCACGGACCGCGUGCGCGCAAACGAUGGGGCGCCGGAGCCCCCCCGGGGGACAGCGAUCCCCCCUCCCUGCCCCGCUGCCUUCGGAGCGGGAGGAGGAUCCGGGGGUAGCCCGGCGAGGCUGAAGAUGUCCCCCCCUUCCUGAC